AUGGCAGGCGGCAAAGCCUCAAUCCCAGACAUCUGGCCAGAGUUCAGCAUUCCAGACGAGCCCCUGGCCCCACAGGCCGGCACAGACCCCAACGUGUCCUCCCUCUGCAGCCAAGCGGAGACCAACAACACCCUGGACAUUCGAAACGGCGCCGCCCUGCUGGAAGCCCCGCUGCCUCCCUCGCCUCCACCUGCCUUGGACAGCCCCGACCUGCCCCUGCCCCCACCUCCACCCCCGUCCGCCCUGGACCCGCUCGCUGCCUCCGCCCUGGAGAGCCCCACCACGGACCCGGCCGCCACGCCACCCCCCAGCCCGCCGUUGCCGCCCCUGUCUCCGUCGCCCCCGUCGGCAUCCCCUCCGGCGGUGAGCCCGGCGCGGCCCACCACCUUGGCGCUCAAGACCCUGCCGCGACCCUCCACCGGCCAGUCCUCGCAGGCCCAGUCAUCCCAGGCUUCAACCACCGGCGGCGCUCCGUCAAAGGAGAACGGCGGGCCCCCGGGUCCUGACCCGGACGAGGAGGAGCGUAAGAUUCUGGAAGAGGAGCUGAAGAAGUGCAUCGAAGACUUCCACAGCAUUCGCAUCCCAAAGCUUUUCCCCGACCGUAAGAGGAACUGGCAGAAAGACCUGCUUAAGAAGUAUGAGUGAUGUGUGAGUUAGGCUGGUCAGGCAGAAUGUGAUAGUGGUCUUGGGCUUUUGUUUUGUUUUGUCAGACCCAGUUAUCUUUUUCUUUUUUUUUGAGGUUCCAUCACUCAAGAAUCAUAUAUGCUGUAACCCUGUCAAUUAUACAGUGCUAUUGUGUGGCCCUGUGCUGCAUGUGUGACCAUAAACAACUGAAUGAACUGUGUGCAUGAGUGUGUGUGUGUGUGUGUGUGUACUUUGUACUUUACAGAUUGAUAAUCUAGAUUCAAGCCAAAAACAAUGUCAACCCAACACAAGCUGUCUUCACUUUCAUGUUAUCAUUAAUAUGUUUGAAUGGAUAUGCUUUUCCCCAUGAAUGAACUUAUUCAAAAAGUCCCUCACUAUCCAGAAGUUUGAUCAGCAAUAAGAUUCUGCUGAUUCCGAUAUGCAAUGUGGCCAAUAGUUAAGGACAACAGAAUUAUUUUGCUGAGAGAAGGUGCGGGUGCUAUUUACGGAAGAGUAUUAGGGCCACAUGAAGAGAAGAUAUUUUUGAAAAUUCCGAGACAAAAUCUCAGAAUUUUUGAGACUAAAGUCACAAAUUUGCGAGAAACAAAGUCAGAAAUAAUCAUUUCUGUGAUUAAAGUCAGAAUUUCUGAGAAAAAAAGUAAAUAUUGUCGAGAUAAAAGUCAACAUUUUCAAGAUAAAAGUUAACAUUUUCGAGAAACAAAUUUAGAAAUAAUUUCUGAGACUAAAGUCAGAAAUUCUGACUUUAAAGCGUCUGGUGCCUACCAAAUGCAGGUGGCUACAAGCUGACGCUUUGCCUGGUCUAGACGCCUAUGUUUUGUUUAACUAAUGUAAAUCCCUUUUUUAUGCAAUAGCAGCCUCCAGCAUGUCGUUUCGGGUGUCUAGGCUCAUCACUGUUGCAUUUUUUGGCAUUUUAUUUAAUCGGAGUUGUAUUUUUUUAAAUUUUGGCAGCAAAUUUCGUCACUUGAAUUUCAAGUUAAUGCUUUGUGCUUCUGAUGGGCUGCUCUCUAGUCUCAAGUAUCCCUUUCUAUGUCUGUUUGUCUGUCUCUCCUGCCCUCUCCUUUCUCUGUAAAAUGAGGACCAAACAUAGGAAUCAUCUGACCUCUCUUGUCCUUGACUGUGUUUAUGACAAGAAUAACAAUGUAUUUCUGAUGAGUAUUGUUUUUUCUAACCUGUGUUGAUGGUUAUCUUUUUAAUUGAGAGUUAAAGUGUGUCUUUGCUAUUUUGCUAAACUUUUUGCA